AUUGAAGUUUCUUUCUUUCACACUGAAGUUUUCUUUCGUUUCUAUUCAGGCUUUCGUUUUUAGGGGUUCAGGUUCUCUCACCAACACACCAUCAUCUCUGCAUCAUCUAUCUUAAAAGGCUUUUAAGGUUUGGGUUAUUUUAGAUGGUCGGUCAUGAAGCCAAAGUUCACUGAAUUCUCUGAUUACAUAAACGGCUUUAGUGUUGAAGAUUUAGAUGAUACAUUUCAGCUCAAUUCUGGUCAGUACUCAAAUGGCACAAUCGGAUUCGAGUUCAAUGACCCUUCUCCAGAUCUUAACGUUUUGAACAUGAAUGUUGCUGUUGCACCUUCUGAACCAGACCCUGUUACUUUUGUUCAACCGCUCACUGUAAGUACAGAUGGGAGCUCGAUUUCUACGUCCACAGGGUGGAGUCCGGAAGGGGAGUCUUUGUCACCGUCGGAUGACAAUGAUUCAACGGAUCCAGUUCUCAAGUACAUAACUCAGAUGCUUAUGGAAGAGAACAUGGAGGAGCCUCAUAUGUUUAAUAACUAUUUUGCUCUUAAAGACACUGAGAAAUCAUUAUAUGAAGUCCUAGUUGAGCCGUAUCCUCAAACUAGUGAACCACAACCUUUGCUCAAUCUGAAUUUGGAGGCCCCUGAAAGUAAUCUUUCUGGUAGUACUAAUGGCCAUUCGUCUGCUAAUAUUGGCACCAAUUAUGGGACUGGUAAUUAUAGUGAUCAUCAGGUGGUUGGUGAGGUUUGGGAGUCGCCUUCUUCCUUGUCACAACCUCCUCUUACUGGUGACUACGAUUUUCAGCGUGCUUUGCAACAGCCAAGUUCACAAGUUUCUGUCAAGUCAACUAAUAGCUUGAGUAACCCGGGUAAUAGGACGAUGGAAUCUUCUAUUAGCAAGCUUCUGGCUCAGAACAUCUUCAACGAUAAAGAAUCUGUCUUGCAGUUCCAAAGAGGGUUUGAGGAAGCCAGUAAAUUCCUCCCUAGUAGCAAUCAACUGAUGAUUGGUCUAGAAAGUAAUGCAUUUCCUACGGGGCAAAAGGGGAAGGUUCCAAAUGAUGUUGUCAAGGUGGGUGAGGAUGAGAGGGAGAACCCGCGUGAGAGGUUGAGGGGUAGGAAGAACCAUGGUCGGGAUCUCGAGGAUUUGGAAGAAGAGAGGAGUAACAAGCAAUCUGCAACUUAUACGGAUGAGAGCGAACUGUCGGAGAUGUUUGAUAAGGUGUUACUUUAUCCUGUAGGACAGUUUAUUUGUUGCAAUGACAAUGAAAAUGUACAGCACACAGAAAACAAAGCCUUGCGGCAGAAAGAACAAUCAAAUGGAUCCAGUGCUGGGAAACCUCGCUCCAAAAAACAAGGGAAGAAAGAAACAGUGGAUUUGAGGACUCUUCUAAUUCUCUGUGCACAGGCUGUUUCCGCCAAUGAUCAUAGAACUGCUGGUGAACUGCUGAAGCAGAUUAAAGAAAAUUCUUCUCCUCUAGGUGACGGAACUCAGAGGUUGGCUCAUUACUUUGCGAAUGGCCUUGAGGCACGCAUGGAUGGCAGUGGAACUGUAAUGCAAAACUUUUAUAUGUCUCUAGCUUCCAAGAAGACAACGGCUGCCGAUAUGUUGAAGUCUUACAAAGGCUACCUUAGUGCUUGUCCUUUUAAGAAGCUACCGAUUUUCUUUGCAAACAAAAUGAUUUACUACAUGACUGAGAAAGCAAGUGCCCUUCAUAUCGUAGAUUUCGGUAUCCUGUACGGUUUCCAAUGGCCGGUUCUUAUCCAGCAUCUCUCAAAUAGACCUGGUGGGCCUCCUAAGCUACGCAUAACAGGAAUAGAGCUUCCCCAAAGUGGUUUUCGCCCAACAGAAAGGAUUGAGGCAACAGGUCGUCGCCUGGCAAAUUAUUGCGAGCGCUUUAAUGUUCCGUUUGAGUACAAGGCUAUAGCAGCUCAAAACUGGGAAAAUAUUCGAAUUGAGGAUAUCAAGAUUAAUAACAAUGAGGUGCUAGCUGUAAAUUCUCUUUUUCGGUUUGAGAAUCUGCUUGAUGAGACUGCCGAAGUGGAUUGUCCGAGGAAUGCUGUGCUUAAAUUGAUCAGGAGAAUGAACCCUGAUAUUUUUGUUCACUCCAUAAUUAAUGGAUCAUACAACUCUCCCUUCUUUGUUACAAGGUUCAGGGAGGCUUUAUUUCAUCUUUCAUCAGUAUUCGAUAUGUUUGAUAACACAUUACCUCGUGAUGAGCCUGCAAGAUUGAUGUUUGAGAGCGAGCUUUAUGGGCAGGAAGCAGUGAAUGUUGUAGCAUGUGAGGGUCCAGCAAGGGUUCAGAGGCCAGAAACAUACAAGCAAUGGCAGAUUCGGAUGACAAGAGCAGGGUUCAAGCCACUUCCAUUGAACCAGGAACUAAUGACCAAACUUCGGCAUAAGUUGAAAGCUUGGUACCACAAAGAUUUUGUAAUUGAUGAAAACAAUCACUGGUUGUUGCAGGGAUGGAAAGGCAGGAUUCUUUAUGCUUCCUCCUGUUGGGUACCUGCAGAGGAGUCUUGACCAGAAUAUGGGCUGGAACCGAUAAACAUGACCAAUAUACUCUUUGAGGAACAAGAUGACUUGAAAAUACGGACAUAGGUAACACUUCCUCACAAGAUUCCUGUGACUGCAAGUUAUGCAUCGUGCAUUGUGGUGUCAUUUUGGAGGUGGAAUGAGGGGCCGAAUAAAUCUUUGGAGUUCCUACUGGUUUUUUUAGAGACUGUACUCCCUAUUUACCUGCUAGCUUUCACAUUGUGAUGUUUUAUGAUCAAAUCAUGUUUUCCAUUGUAAAUAUAUUAUGUAUGAGUUUGAUGUAGUGAAUUAGAUCAAUGCUAGUUUAUGAAAGUUCAAAUUUUUGUGGAAA